UACGGGAGGCAACAGCGCCUCCUUAAGCGGCUGCGGGUCCCGCUCGGGCGGUGGUGGAGGCGGCGGCGCGUGCGGCUGGGGGAAGGGGAGGGAGGAGCUCGCGCUGCCCGGACCAGCCCGCGCGCCGCCGCUUCCAGCAGCAGCAGCGCCUGCCGGGCGGAGGGUCUAGUUGGCGCCGCGCGGGCAAGAGCUGAGGCCAAGGCGGAGCGGCGCACGGGGGCAGCGAAGCCCCGGGGGAGGCGGCAACACCAUGGCCGGGCCCCCGCCGCCGCCCCCGGGCCAGGAGGCGCCGCGCUACCAGGAGUGGAUCUUGGACACCAUCGACUCGCUGCGCUCGCGCAAGGCGCGCCCGGACCUGGAGCGCAUCUGCCGCAUGGUGCGCCGGCGGCACGGCCCGGAGCCGGAGCGCACCCGCGCCGAGCUGGAGAAGCUCAUCCAGCAGCGCGCCGUGCUCCGCGUCAGCUACAAGGGAAGCAUCUCGUACCGCAACGCUGCGCGGGUCCAGCCGCCUCGGCGAGGCGGAACGCCCGCCGCCAGCCCCGCGGCCCCGCAGCGGCCGGCCCGCACUUCCCCGCCCAGCGCUCCCGCCGCCGCCGCCACCGCGACGCCCCGGUCCUCCCAGCGUGCAGCGCCCCGCGCGGAGCCAGCCGCGCCGCCGCCGCCACCUCCGCCGCCGCCGCCACCGCCGCAGCCGCCGCCUCCUCGUCGGACCGGCCGGGAGCGACCGCCGCCGCCUGCCCCCGCCCCGGAGGAGCCCUCCCCCGUCAGCCUGCGAGAGAUUGUGCGCUACUUGGGCGGCGACGGCGCCGCGCCGGGGGGCGGCCGAGUGACUCGAGGCCGAGCGCAGGGGCUGCUCCAAGAGGAGCGGCUGGAGAGGACCCGCUUGGGUGGCGGCGGGGGCGGGGGCGGCAGCGGCAACAGCGUCGCCUUGCCCAGGGCGGAGAGAGGCGCGCAGGCCCGGGCGCCCAGCGCCAGGGCUUACAGGAACAAGGUGAGGGGCUGCCGCGGCGCGCGCGGGGGGGAGAGGGGUGGGGGCGGGGCGGCGGGGGCGCACGGGCUGAGGGGAACAGGUGAGCUUCCCCAGGACGGAAACGGACCUAGCGGAGGAGUGCGCGCGCAGGGGGUGCCCGAACACUGGGCGCGCGGGGGGGGGGAGCGGAGGGGCGGGCGCCGGAGAGGAGCCGCUUUCGGGGAGGGCAGACGGCGCCCAGCCCCCCGAAUGUUGUCAGCGGGCGCUCGCGCAGGUGUGCGUGUGUCUGGGAGGAAGAGUUAUGGGCAGCGCCCAAUCAAAUCGCUUUGGCACGGGAGGGGGCGCCACGAUUGGUGCCUGGGCUUCGACGGGGCGACAUUCUCCCGUGCAGUUCCGAAGUAUUGUGGGAAGGUGAGCGGAAAGGCCGCCGCUGGAUGGCACAACUCCGCCUGGUCCGCGGGGAACUUGCGGGGCCGAGUUGGGGAGCGGAAGGCAGGCGAGGAGGUCAAAGGUGAAGAAGAAGAAGAGGAGGAAGAAGAAGAGGAUGAAGCCUCCACCAUGUCUGAAGGUUCAGAGGUGGCACAAGAUUAUGAGGCCAGCAACUACAGCAGACCUGGGAUGGGCCAGGUGAACGGGGACUGUAAGGACAGCAAGCAUGGUGGGAAAGAGAUCCCACCCAGCAGUGCCCUCACCAGAGACCUGCGCUCCCUCGAGGAGCAGCCCUUGAACAAAGGAUCAGAGCGUCCCCACCAUGAAGGAAAUGAGCAAUGUCAUACAAAGGCCUCUUGGCCUGGAGAAAGUGCCUGUCACCAUCUGGGGGGCAGCAAGAAAGAUGGCAGCGCCUAUCAGCAGCCAGACAGAGCAGUGUCACCAGCUGUUGCAGGUACUGAGCCCUCUGUGCCCUCAUCCCCUGGGAGACCUGGCAUCCAGGCAGAUGGGAGACCCUUCAGCUGCACCUCAGUGAAGGAGAAGCCUUCUGACCCAGUGGAAUGGACUGUGAGUGAUGUUGUGGAUUAUUUCACAGAAGCUGGUUUUGCUGAGCAAGCAUCUGCCUUUCAAGAACAGGAGAUCGAUGGGAAGUCUCUUCUGCUGAUGCAGCGCACCGAUGUCCUGACCGGCCUCUCCAUCCGCCUGGGGCCUGCUCUCAAGAUCUACGAGUACCACAUCAAGGUGCUGCAGCAGUGCCACUUUGAGGAGGACGAGGGCGACUCCUUCAUGGGCUGAGGAGGACGGGCGCAGCUCGCGAAGGGUGUGGAGAGCUUGGGUGGGGAGAAGUGAACGGGGACUCUGCCAACCGCUACUGUCUCAAGUCAUUUCAGCCUUUCUCUGCCUCCAUGAAAACAAAGAGAAGCAGCUGUGUGGGAAGGGGAAGAAGGACUUUGGCCAGAUUUUUGUGAAAAUGGUGGGGAGGACAGAAAUGAUGAUCCAGGCUUUGCGGCUUCUCUACCCUGAUUGUCCAGAGAUAGGAAAGACAGGGAGGGAGGGCUGCAAAAAAAAAAAUCCCACCCUUCUCCCAACCUGUCUGUGUUACUUACCCCAGCAUUUUACUUACCAUAGUGCAUUGUCUGUUCUUGGGAAAGGGUGGAAAGAUGUGGUUUUUGUCCCUCUUUCCAGCCGCAGUUUAACUGAGAUAAUUUGUGCUUCAGCAUCCCUUUCCCCUUCCCCUUCCCCUUUACCACCACAACAACAGCAACCACAGUAGCACUUGAUGGUCCUACCUGCUCCCCCUCCCUUUGUUGCUGUUCUCAAGAAGACAAAGAUAGAGCCUGCUGAAGGUGUCAGGAGGUUUUAAUCAAAUAUCUUAUUAUUCUCUUUUCUGUUUGGGUAGGCUUUUCUUCCAGUUUUCAUGGUCGUUGCCCAGAGUCAACUGCUUUUUAUUAUUUCUUUCUUCCCAUUUUUUUAAAAAAAUAUAAAUAUUUAAACUGGAAAAAAACCCAAUUGGUUUAGUAUUCCCAGACUUGUUAGCCUUCUGGAAGGGGUAUUGGAUCACCUAAAAUGAACAUGUGUCUAAAGGACAAAAGUAUGUGUAAAAAGAGGUGGAAGUCCUAAGUUCUGCUCUCUUUUUCUCUCCGUUUUUAUUUGAGGGUGGUGAUGUCACCUAGUGGUGUUGCUAAUCAGUUUAUGGGAUGUAUUCUGACUAGUCCAGGGAUGGGAGCAGAACUCUGGAGUUCUGGCUCAAUUUUCAAUGCUAUAAUCAACUGGGGUAAAAAGUGUGGUAACAUUUGCACCAUCACCAGGAGGUCUAAAAUGAAACACUUAGGGUUUAGGGAAGGUCUCUUUGCAGUGGCAGAAGCAGAUGACUCGUUGUCUGUGUAUAUUCACAACCAGGUGGCUUAGCUGGUGCUUCUAUAGCAGAUAAUAUAAGUGGAGCAAACACUUCGGAGACUGAAAAGGAAAGCAAGGAAAGGAAAUGGUCCAUAGCCCUGUUCUCAGUUACAAAAAAUGGGGUGGUGGUUUUUGUUGCCUUAAGAAAGGAUCUCCUCUUGUUAAAGCAGGCCAAGCCCACAAAGGUAGACUGUAACGGCAAGAGGAGGUGGUAAAAAAGACUAUAGUGUAAUUGGCUCUUUGUGCACAUCAAAUGGAGAGGAUCUAGCUAUGGCACACAACACAAAAUCUGAGCUUUCUUGGUGAUUUUUCAGGGCACACCUCUUGAGUACCCCAGUUGCUUAGCAAGUAUCUGUUUCACAAAACAGUUUGAAACUCGUUUCACUGUCACGGCUUUCUGUAAAGAACUGUAGGAAUGGAAACCUUUUGGUGAGGCUGCUGAGAACUCUUUUGUAGUACUGUAUCUUAGACCCUUUUACAGAACGACACUUCCUAGAAUUUGUUGUUUUAGAGCCGUGGCAGAUGAGGGUUGAAACUGGUUUAAAUUUGGAAUGUAGACAGGCCCUUAGUACAGUUUGAGGAUCAGUGGAUAGACAGUAGCUACCCUGUUUAGUUGUGACUCAGAAACAGAGAAGCGUACGUAGCUCGAGACACAACCCAACAUGCAUGCCUAGAGGAAUGCACAGCUAGACAGGAGCACACUGAAUUUAUGUUCUCAAAAUUUUAUUUGGAACCAUGAGGGCUAGAAACCUAUUGUUUGAACUUUGAAAGCAGAGGUUCUCAAUGUUGUAGCACAAAAGUGCCUCAGGGGCUUACAUACCGGCUGCAUGUUGCCCCCUAUUGCACUAGACCCUACUAUUUUGUCCAGAGCUGGGAAUAAAAAAACAACAAGAUUUUUGGGUUCUAAUAUGUAUUCUGUUUAUUGGCCACCAGUUGUCAAAAGAGCUGCCAUAGGAGGUGAAAUGCUUUAGGAACCGAUUUAGAUGACUCAACAGUGGGAGUGAUUUUUCCAACUCUUCAUGCUGUCCUUUUGGGAACAGAGUAGGGCGCAUAGAAUUGGGCUGCCCAUUUACUUCAUUGUUAUUGACACUGGCCAGGGUGGAAAGAAGAGAGGACAUUAAUAAUCCACAGUGGAAAGGUGUAGAUUGGAAUGGACAAAGCCAAGCAAGGCUGUUCCAGCGCAGUGUUCUGAAAAUUCCUCUGUGAGGCUUGGAUGGGACAAGGUUGUGUUGCCUGUCAGUGCAGAGGGUAGUUCAAGUAAGAGACAAGACGGAAUGGGGCUUCAGGAUCCUAACUUCCUAGAUAUACUGUAGUACAGUUUAAGGGCUGGUAUACAUGACCUUGUGCUGAUGAAAACACAGAUAAGGUGUUGGCUGGUUGUGUGGUUUUUUAGAAAACAGAUUUGUGCUUUGGGAUCUAGGCUUGAGCUGGUUGGCAAUGGGCCCAGGUUGUAACAUACAGGUUUUGGAAAUUUGUGCAGGGGGAAUGGCCUUGGCUAAGGCUGUGCUGAGGUGUGAACCGGGCUUGUGUUCCCUAAUUCAACAUCUACAAAAUCCAAAGGCGAAGUUUCCUUAGUAAAGGUGGACACAACAUAUGGCACAGUCUUUUAUGUUGAUCUAGGCUAAUCUAGCGACCGGAAGUUAAACACUUAAAGGCUAGGAAUUAAUUUGGACCAUUCUAAUGAGGAGAAAUAGUAUUUUAAUACUACAGCUGGUCAAAUAAGUGCUCCAUCACUUUGGGUGACUCAGUUCCAACGAAGUUUCAUCUCAACCUUUAUUUGAAAUCUAGUUUGGAUGUGAAGCUGAAACCGGAGGUUUGGGAUGGACUGGGCUGGGGAAUCACGUGCACCCACUUCAGUGUGAGACCUCGCACCUGGCGCCCUCUACCUCAGAGCUUUCCAAACUUUUCAUGUUGGCGACACACUUUUUAGACAUGCAUCAUUUUGUGACACAGUAAUUCAGUUUUGCUAGCAAACCGGAGGUUAAACUAACCCCUUUCCAGCACCAGGAAGAGAGCGGGGAACAUUUGCACGACACACUAACACACUAAAGUGUCGCUACACAGAGUUUGGAAAGCUCUGCUCUACCUGAAUUGAAUACAUAAGAGUUACUUAACCUAGUCAGAGACUGAAUCACAGACAUUUCCCUAAACUUGCUUAAAAUCCUUAUUUCAAUCAUGGUGCAGGGGUGGUCUAGCACCCAAUGUUGCUGCAGAAGCAAUAUGUCACAGGUGGUGAAAAGCGAAUGGGGGUGCAGGGAGUGGGAAAUAUUCUAGGGCCAUUUAACCAACUAGCCUCUGGCAAAGUAGUCAUUCCUCAAACUGCUGAUCAGUGAUGCCUUGGGUGUAUGGUUGAAAUAUCAAGGAAAUGCUUGAUAUUUCAUGGGCUUCUCCUUGGAAAUGGUGAUGCAAUCUAAGCCCACAUACCCACCUGAAAGAAGUGGACGGAGAAUAAUUAAGAAAAUACAUGCUUCUAACGGACUUUGCAGCUUUCCUAUUAAUUCUUCAGAUUUCCCUCUGAAUAAGUGAUUGCAACUAGCAUUUGCUGAUGAACAUGGGAUGGAACUGUCCAACUUUGGGACUACAAGUGGUUGAGCUAUAAGUACGUAUGCCUCUGGAUGUCCCCUGUUCUGUUUCCAAAUGUGCUGCCUUGACUUAAAAUGGAUGGAGGACCCGUGGCCCUCCAGAAGUUGGACUUCCAGCCAGCAUGGCCAGGAAUGAUGGAAGCCGUAAUUCAGCACCAGCAUCUUAGGCCCUACAGAUGCUCUUACACUCUGAGGAUCCUUAGGCUGUAGUUCUAUACCUGCUUACCGUGGGAUAAGCUCAGUCGAAGUGAGUAGAACCUACAGCUGAGUACAAGAUUGUUAGCUACUUUCAGCACUAUGUGGCAUUUAAAUUGAGAUUAACCCAAAAGCAGCUGGGUUGUCAACGAUGAACAUCCCUACAGAACAAAUUCAUUCAGGACUGGCAUACUAGAGGUAUCAAUGUUUGUGGUGCUUACAACCAGAAGUUGAUCUUUUAAAACAAUGUGCUGCUCCUGUUUAGCUAUGAGUAUUUAACCUCUAAUGGUGGGACCCAAUGCAUUGUCCUGCAGCAUACACACACAAAAAGGCAAUCAAAGCAAUUAAGCAUCUGAAAUACUUUGAGGAAAGGCCAAAAUACUUGAAGCUUUAUAAUUAAAUGGAAGAGGGGAGGUAUGAAUUGUGUGUGUUGUGGCAAGUCCAUCUCUUCCCUACAUACAGGCUAUGCUUCCACCUCUGCCAAACAGACCAAGGACAGAUUUUUUAAAAAAACUAUGCUUUGUCAGAUAGUUGAUGGAAGGCUGCUGUACGACGUGAUGGCCACUGGCUCCAGUGCAGGGUCUAGCACUAACUGUUUGCCAUGAUAAACCAAAUGGACACACCUGAUUCAGAGGCAGUCUACCUCGGACAGCCAGCUGGCAGACUAGCCACUCUCAAAAACAGUAUACUGAAAUGGAUGAACUCUGUCUGAGGCCAUGGAAGUCUUUAUGUUCCUCAUUCUGACUUCAAUGUACCUUUGGGAGUAGAUAAUAAAUUAGGAUUGAUUCCCCCCCUCCCCCAAGAAGAUUUACAAUGAAAGCAACAGCUCUGUGGCUGAUAACUGUGUGUAAGGGAAGAUUCUGCUUCAGUAAAAAAUAGUAAAGGACUUUGAAUUCC